GCGGAAAGUAGCAGACAUAAGACUUCCGAAUGAAAGAUUCCGAUUUCAAAAUCAAGCCAUUCUAUUUGUGACUUCCAGAGUGUAUUUUAAUUUGUAGGGACUAAACGGGAUACGGUAACAUCGCCGUUGUUAGCUUGAUACUAAACGACGCCAUGCCCAUGUGAUGCCUGUGUCUGGAGUGUGUAGACCGUACGGUUUGGAGGUGUUUGUCUGUUUGUGGCUACAGCAGAGGCUGUUUCCAGCCAUAGUGUAAUACAGUUAACCGCUAAUUGUUUUUCUUUCUAUUUACAAAACGGAUUUCAAGCAAUUGUGCUGAUGUAGCGUUAGCAGCUCCUCAGCUCAUCCAGACUGCACUCGGUAAUCCAAUAAAUUCAGUUGGAUGCUGACAGUCACUUGGGUGGGGCUUGACGCGUAUGACAGUACGAGGGAGCAGAGCUCAGGGAUAAACCAAACCGCACAGGAUCAUUUUAAAGCACCCAGGGCGGUUGGUCCGUGAAGCCAUGACCAAGCCCGAAUCGAAGAAAAGCAGCGUGGCCGCGAUCAACGCCACCGGCAAGUGCGCCACAGCCUCACCCGCCGCCUUGCAGGUCAACAACGGCACAGUCGAACCGGGCUGUCCAGAUCAGAGCACACCGAUCAAAGCCAAGGUGAUGAAACAGACCUCCAGGGAGAACCUGCACCGGAGAAACACGGAGUGCGAAGUCUAUGACGACGGGACCAACACCUUUUUCUGGCGAGCCCACACUGUGACAGUGCUGUUCAUUCUGACCUGUGCUCUGGUCUACGUCACACUGUUGGAAGAGACCCCCCAGGACACGGCCUACAACACUAAAAGGGGGAUUGUAGCUAGCAUCCUGGUGUUCCUCUGUUUUGGAGUGACACAAGCCAAAGAUGGACCAUUCACCAGACCACAUCCAGCUUACUGGCGGUUCUGGCUUUGUGUCACUGUCGUCUAUGAGCUCUUCCUCAUCUUCAUCCUUUUCCAGACAGUGCAUGAUGGACGACAGUUCAUGAAGUACAUUGACCCCAAAUUGGGGGUACCCCUCCCAGAGCGUGACUAUGGAGGAAACUGCCUCAUCUAUGACCCAGGCAACACCACUGACCCCUUCCAUAACAUCUGGGACAAGAUGGAUGGCUUUGUUCCAGCUCACUUCUUGGGAUGGUAUAUCAAGACUCUGAUGAUCCGGGAUUGGUGGAUGUGUAUGAUUAUCAGUGUCAUGUUUGAGUUUCUGGAAUACAGCCUGGAGCACCAGUUACCUAACUUCUCAGAGUGCUGGUGGGACCACUGGAUCAUGGAUGUGUUGGUGUGUAACGGUCUGGGGAUCUACUGUGGUAUGAAGACCCUGGCCUGGUUGUCAAUGAAGCCCUACCAGUGGCAGGGCCUGUGGAACAUUCCUACAUAUAAGGGGAAGAUAAAGCGUAUAGCAUUCCAGUUUACACCAUAUAGCUGGGUGAAGUUUGAGUGGAAGCCUGCUUCAAACCUUCGUCGCUGGCUUGCUGUGUUAGGCAUAAUCUUUAUGUUCCUCCUGGCAGAGCUGAACACCUUCUACCUGAAGUUUGUGUUGUGGAUGCCUCCUGAACACUACCUGGUGCUGCUCCGCCUGGUCUUCUUUGUCAACGUGGGAGGCGUCGCCAUGAGGGAGAUCUAUGACUUCAUGGAUGACCCGAAAUUCCACAAGAAGCUUGGCCAGCAGGCGUGGCUGGUGGCAGCAAUCACAGUGACUGAGUUCCUCAUAGUGGUCAAAUAUGAUCCCAACACCAUCAUGCUGCCCAUCCCCUUCUUCAUUAUGCAGUGCUGGUUAUUAGGAAUCCUCCUCAUCUUUACGUGGACUCUGUGGCGGUUUUUCAUCCGUGACAUCACACUCCGCUACAAAGAGACCCGUCGACGCAAACAGGAAGUCCCCGCUGACCGGGACCGCCCUCUGGGCAACGGCAGCACAGCCACCCCUUCUGGGCGCAGCAAACUGAACGGCAGUUCCGAGACGCUGCGGCAGAGGAAGUCCUGAGGGCGGGGAGCGUGGGUUCAGAGCUAGCUGGUCAGCAGCUGCCGAAGGAGAGAGGACAAGGUUUGAUGGGAAAAAAUGAGAGGAAUGAAGAAGAAUCGUGACACAAAGACACAUGUAGAGACAAACAGUUGGACGCUCGUGUGUUGUGUAGACUGUUUUUGUGCCUCCAUGAACCAAGUAGUCAUUCAACAGAGGCGAGGGGUGGAAGGGGCAGUUUUCAUUCGGUGCAUUGUCUAAUUAUUGUCAUACUACAGGGAUUUACCUCAUUCUACUUUUUAAGAACAUUUGGGGAAUUAUACACAGGAAAAGAUAUGUUUGUGUUAUUUAUACAUUGCUUUGGAUGUUGGGUGAUGAGGGGAAAAGCUGAAUCAAAGACAGGUAGAGUAGUGGAAGGAGGGAUAUAGGUGACCAAGUAAGUAGAUAGACUCGACCAGUUAUCGACAGCAGUUUCUAUUUUCUCAACUGCAUUUUGUCUUAGAAGAUGAGUGUCAGAAAUAUGUCCGCCACUGUAAAUAUGCUUUGUUCUGUGUUGUGCAGUCGCAUUGGUGCAGAUGAGAAAAAAAGAGACUAUUUGGAGCAGUUUCUGUAGAUAUAAUGACUGAUCUGGAUUCCGUUCAUUAUCCACUGCUAUGCAGUCUUCAGUAUCAAUGGGAUUCUGACUACAAUAUUGCCAAGCAGCAGUUAAAAUUAAGCUUGGUUAAUGACGACACAUUUCUGUUAUGUUCGGUUAAAACACUUUUUGUGUCUAUUGAUUCCCAUGCAUUUUUCACAGUUUAUAGUACUGUUUUCUUAGGUUAUGGCCCAGGGUUUUGAUAUAUUGUUUACACGUGGGAGACAAUAUCAGCUUUUUAUUUACAGUUCAGGUUUCUGAUUCCUGGAAGCACUGAGCCUGGAGGUCCUUGUAACUGCUGGGGAUCCUCCCUCAGUCACAGAGAGCAGGGGAAAACCGGCCAAAGCUGUUCUCUCCUCAGGCUUUGUUCUUGAAAAGAACGAGUUUGUAAAAAAUAUCAUAUAUAUAUAAAUAUAUAUAGGUAUUUAAAUGCUUAUACACCAGAUAUGAGAUAUAGUUUGGGUGUUUUUGUAGAUGUUUUGUUAUCACUAAAUUGAUUAUGAACACUAGAUUGUACUCAAGUUCUUUUUUGUGAAAUGAGGCACUGAGAAAUCUACAGCACUCUAAUGAACAGAUCCAUGACAAUCACACUGAUAGAAAGGUAUGCUCAGUUUCCUUCUGAUGGAGACAUGUUGGCUUACAUACAGCACUGUAAUGAAACGGUAUAGAUAGUUUCUCCACUGCAAUGGGACUGUAAUUAAGGCGUGGCUCACUUGUUGGCUCAUUCAGUCACAUUCUCUUUAUGCCAAAUGUUUUUUUUUCCCAGUUAAAGCAACAUAAUGUAACUUUUGCUGAGCAACAGUAGCCUCUGUAGCCCCCAGUGGUUAUUAGUUCUUUAUGGCUCAGAGUCUGAGCAGUUAAGUGGUUUUAAUGUACAGAAAACGAAGUCUAUCAAUCGUUGGACUGGAGCUCUGACUGCAUAGUCCCAUACCUCAAGAUCCUCGGCCUCCAGAGCUGGAAGUGCUGUCACUGAAACUCAGUUUAGAAUUCUCAGUUUUCAAAGUUUUCUCACUAAAUAUCAGACUUUCAAGUCUUUUUAGCAGAUCUACAAACUAGCAUUAUUCUUGCUGGGCUUGAUUCUGGCAGGUCAAGUUGCUGACUAUCAUUCCGUUAGCAGGAGAUCAUACAUGCUUGUUAAAGUUAUAGUGCAAAACCAGGCGUUUGGGACGCAGAGUGGGAAUGACAGAGGCACCAUUCAUCUUAUUACCAGUCAGUCUACCACCAAGUUGAUUUAGCUGUGAUUUUAAGGUAAAGUAGUUGCACAAUGUUGCUUUAACUCUUGAAUUUUAUUAAAACGUCAUAUUCUGCAGUGCCUGAAUUAGCUAAAACAAAAUGAGAACCAACCUUAUUUUGAGAGGGAGACCUGAGGGUUUAGUUGUGUUGAGGCUUAGGAAGAGAACCAACCUUUCCAACUCUGUGGUGUGGGAGGGGGAGGUUGCCAUAUUGCACAUGCAAACAGCCAAAGCUUAGCUCUCAUUCUUGCUAAAGCCAUAAAUGCCACCCAGACCCACUUGAGCUGCUCAAACUGCUGUUAAACCUCAUUUAGAUUCCUUUUAAUUUCAAGUUAAGCAAGUUAAGUUUCAAAGCCAUCUGAUUCAUUCACAACAGCAUGCAGUUUUUAUGUUAGAAAUAUAAUUUGACUCCUGGAGGUCAGACUGUUGAAACCAAAUUUACCUGGACAAUGUAGGUAUGUUAGGAACUGCAGACCCCAACUCCCUCCUUUCUGUGACACACUGUGUCUCUGAUGUAAAUUUGUCUUAAUUGCUUUUGAUUUCCUUGUCAAGUUACCAAAUGUAGAGCUUAAAACUUUAGUCGAUUAAUUGAUUCAUCAAUCGACUGAAAAUUAAUCCUCAACUAUUUUGAUAAUCUGUGUUUCAUUCAUCAUUGUUUCAGUCAUUUUUCAAUCAAAUACGCCAAACAUUCCCUGGUAGCAGCUUCAACCUUGUGUUAUUAGAUUUCGACUACUGGUCGGACAAAACAAGGAAUGUCAAGACAAAAAAUUAUAAAUGGCUAAACUCAUAAUGACUGUUUUCUCACUAUUUUCUGACAUUUUAGGGUCAAAUUGAUCAGUCAAGAAAAUAAUCAACAAAUUAAUCAAUAAUUGAAGUAGUCGUUAGUUGCAGUCUUAGAUAAAUGAUCCAAAGCUUUCAUAGUGAUAGAACAAAAUAAGUGUUACACUGAAAAAAUUCAACAUGGUCAAACUGAAAAUAACACCCAUUCAUUCCAGUCUUGCUGGAUAUUCACACUGUUUCUAAAAAAAGCUUUAGUCAUUGUCCUCUUCAGGUCUUGUGGCUGUCAGAGAAUCAGUUGUAAACUUCUGUGUUACUCAUUGUGUCCCAGUGGCUACAUACAUAGUAGAUGACAUCUGUGAAUCUAGCUCCAAAUUUUCCUGUUGUUUAAAGAUAAUAUAGUAAUUUUCUUGUGAAUGUAAUUCAGCAGAAUCUGCUGUUCAAAUGAGAGGGUCUGGUCAUCAUUUAUCGUUUUAUUUUAUCACAAACACUAAACCGAAGUUCUGAAAUUUGUAAUUUAUGCAAAGCUCAUUCUCAUGCUUAUCCAGGCUGUAACUGUUUGCAUAUGCCACCCUCUUUUUUGACUGCAGAGACUGCUGUGCAAUUUUAAAACCCUAAAAACCUUUAGCUGAUAUGUCAAAUUUUGUACUUGUAAUUCUGUGCUGUGCUGAUUCUGUCGCUUGAGAACUUGGUAGAAGUUCAGAACCCCCCCCCUUUCUGAAAUGAAAGAAUUUUAGAUGAGGGCUAGGGGAUUCACUGUGUACCUGUGUUCAUGCCUUGGAUUGAUUGAAGUGCUGUUGCUUGAUAUCACUGUAGACUUAUACCAACCCAAGUCAUGAAUUUGCACAACAGCUCUGAAAUCACAAAAUUUGUGAAUUCAGAGACUGAACUCAAAAAUGAGCUGAUGAACGAAAAGGGAAUUGGCCCAAGGUAAAAAAAAACAGGACCUUUUUCCUUUAAUGAGUUUGAGGAUUCAGUGUAGUUUCACUUGCAGCCACACGGGGGCAGUAGAUGUUUCGUUACCGUCUGCCCAGUGUUCUUGUCUCCCUGACAAUGAUCAUUGGCAACCUGCUGUAAAAGCCAUUUUCAACUUGGUUUGUGUAAAUGUGAACAUGUUAAAGAUCAUAAAACUGAAAUAUGCUGCUGCACCACAGAAUUUUAUAAUGUUUUCAAUAAAAUCAAAUGAAAACCUGGA